GACCAUCGAAUUGCAUGGAGUCACCCUGGCCCACAGCCCGUUACAGAAUUUCUUCGAUGUCCUCACUUUCAAGACAGCCCUGGAAGAGACCCGAGGAACUUUGACGGCUGACAAAUUGGCUGACUUAUAUGAUGAGCAUGUGAGAUUUGCCAACCCAGACGUUUUGUGUGACCCAGACAUUGCACAGCUUCUCCUGCAUGCUGAUGAAGCUGAGAAAAAGGCUUUUAGCCACUGGUCCAAGUACCAAAUCUUGGUGCAGAAAGGAAGAACGCCUGAGGGAAUUCGCUGGUUGUUCAUGGCUGUGUUUGAUGGACAUGAAGCCGGGUACCUCUCCUCGGAAAAGCUGUCGACGAGAAAUCUUCAGGCCAUCACCUGCCAAGCAUUGCUGGCCCAAAAGCACUUGCUGCAGCUUAUCUUGGAGAAGAUCGACACCGACUUCACAGACUACCCCGCAGCCAUCAAGUUUACGUGCAAUCAGGGCUACCUCCGGAGAUAUGACUUGGAGAGCUGGAUGGCCACCAUCAGCGGAAGCUCUCUGGACGCUUGUUUCUGUGAUGGCCACUGGGCUACUUUGGUGGGAUUGGUCAAAAACCGAAGGGCACUUACAGAAUACCUUUCUGCCCCAUCGAUCAGCCAAGAGAUGAAUGACAUCGAGGAGAAAUAUGCGGCUGAAGUGAAAGAGAAAAAGAAAAAAAUAAAACGUGCUGCCGGAGAGCAGCAUGAAGAAGAGGAAGCUGAAAAACAGGCUGAUGAACCGGAGGAAGAAGAAGAAGAUCCUCAGCAGACAGAGCUGAAGCACAUGCUUGUGGGUGAGGAGCCAAACCUUCCCAUCCCGGAGCAGGAGCUCAAGGGUGAGAAACUUGCUUCAAAGCUGAAGGAGAAGUUCAUGCAGCUGAAAAAACUUGCUCAAAGAAAGGUGGCUACCACGGUGAAGCUGAUUGUUGACCCCGGCCAAGAGGACAAGCUUGUGGAUCUCUAUGUGGACAGUUGGAUCAAGGACUACAAGGAUGAAAAGAGGCAGAACCAGCCGGGUGAAGAACCAUUCAGCACCAAGUUGCUGGGCCACUUUUUCGACUCCAAGAAAUGCAGUGAAGCUGCUUCGGCUCCUCACCUCAGACCGCCACCGCUGAAGGAGGGACGUGCCCAGAGAAUUCUGUCGGCAAUUGUGCGAGUGCGCUUUCCUGUCAAUGCAGAUGGAGCUCCCACUUUCAGCGACGGUGAUAUCUUCUUCAUGAACGAUGGUGGGCGACCAGGACAUCACAACCAGCUGACGACCCUGAAGUCUGGUGAUGAUGCGGUUCAAAAGUUCGAGAAGGUUCUGGCGAUUAUCUACUCAGAGGAGUCAUUGGCAGCAAGAAAGGAACGAAACAAGAUGGCAAUGGGGGCAAUCAAGCAGUUGGAGUCCGUCUACAUGCUGAUGCCGCCUUGUGGUCUCCGUGUGAUGAAGAAAGCACGGCUUCACCAUGAUGGAAGCAACAGAGGUGAUUCGAUCUAUGGCGUGAACAUGCCUGCCUUUGAUGCCAAAACAACCUGGGUAAUGUGCCGUGGAUGCAGACUAUUUAUAUUUAUUAAAAGUAUCAUCUGA